AAAUAUCUUUUCAGAAAAUUAUCACUCAAUGUACUUUUAUUACAGCUGUUCGAAAUUUUAAUAAAUAUAAUUUUAAAUAAUUUAAAAUGAGAAUGAGCUCGUCAGUAUUCGUUUUAGAUAAUGGAGGUUGGACUGCAAAAGUUGGAUUAUCAACUGAUUCUCCAAUUACAGUACCAAAUUCUAUAAUGAAAGCUAAGAGUGAACGACGAAGACCAUUUAUUGGUAAUCAAAUUGAAGAAUGUAGAGAUGUAUCUGGAUUGUAUUUUAUGUUACCAUUACAAAAAGGCUAUUUAAUUAAUUGGGAUGUUCAAAAAACAGUUUGGGAUUAUAUUUUUUCAAAAGAAUGUUGUCCUAUUAAUUUAAGUCAUACUUCUUUAAUAAUAACAGAACCACCAUUUAAUUUUCCAUCUGUUCAAGAAGCAAUGGCAGAAAUAUUUUUUGAAGAGUACGAAAUUUCUAGCUUAUUGAGAAUUAAUCCAUCAACUUUAUCUUGUUAUAAUUAUAGACAUAAAAAUCCUACUUCUAAAUGUUGUAUAAUAGUAGAUAUUGGUUACAGUUUUAGUCAUAUUAUACCAUUUGUAAAUGACAUGAAAAUUAAAGCUGGAAUUCGACGAAUAGAUGUUGGUGGCAAAUUGUUGACCAAUCAUUUAAAAGAAAUUUUAUCAUAUAGGCAACUGCAUGUUAUGGAUGAAACAUAUGUUGUUAAUCAAGUUAAGGAAGAUUCUUGUUUUGUAUCUCAAAACUUUUAUAAUGACAUGGAAACAGCAAAAUUAAAAAUAGAAGAUAAUACUAUUGUUAAAGACUAUGUAUUACCUGAUUUUACAACAAUAAGAAGAGGAUAUUUAACAGAUGCAGGAACUACUUUAGAUCAGCAAGUUUUACGUAUGAACAAUGAGAGAUUUUCAAUACCUGAAAUACUUUUUCAUCCUUCUGAUGUUGGUAUUAGGCAAAUGGGUAUUCCAGAAGCUAUAAUGGACUGUUUAAAAGCUUGCGAAGAAGAGACCUGGCCACAUUUAUUAUCAAACAUUGUUCUUAUUGGUGGAAGUAGUAAAUUUCCAGGGUUACAAAAUCGAGUACUAAAUGAAGUUAGAAGUCUUGCUCCCAUAGAUUAUACCAUUAAAGUUCAUUUACCAGAAGAUCCAAUAACAUAUUCAUGGGAAGGUGGAAAAUUAUUAUCUAAAGAUCCAGGAUACUCUAAUUUAAUAGUUAAAAGAGAAGAGUAUGAAGAGGAAGGCCAUGCCUUAUGUUAUGACAAAUUUGAUAUAUAAAUUAGUAUUAUAUUUUAUUUAAUUAAAUUUUUUAAGAUUAGAUAUUGAACAGAGAAACAACUUGUUUAAGUGAUAAUGUUGAUUUCCUAUAAAUUUGUAUAUAGAAAUAGUUUUA